GGUCGCCGAGUGCACACGUAACCCGUACGGCGCGUCUCUUGCCACUCCCACAGGCCCAUCACGGCCGCCCUAGUGUAGUGUUGUGGGUGCUGUUGACGUGCGUCGUACAGCAGAGACUCACAAAGGCUAUCAGUAGGUGAAGAAAGUGGAGAAAUAUAUAUGAGCACUGAUAAAGGUGACGGGUGUGUCGUACUGGUGCAGUGGGUGAGAUGACGGGCGACGACUGAACAUGUGCUGGGGUGUGCUCCGUGUGCUGACCCUGCCCCUUCUGUUGUGUGGCUGAGCCGCCUCCCUCCUCCAGCCAAUCUCCUUCACUGCCUUCAUCCAUCCUUCCUCCAUCCGUGCCAGCUACUUAUCCACCUGCACGCCGCCCCUGCUCGUCCGUCCACCGCUCCAGCUGGCCCCGAGUAUUGGUGUCCUUGACAGGUGGCCCUCAAGACGUGUAUGCAGAUGAGCACCUGGUGUAAGGCUCCACAUGCAAAUUGGAGUGUCCACUGAGGUCGUAUGUAUGUAAAUGAAACGGCCAACAAGUGGACAGUGCUUUAUAGUGAGCUUCUGAGGAGGGUGUCCCCAGCCACCGCCCCGCGCCCUCACACAGACACAAGCAGCGGCAGCUCGUGGUCCAUCCCCCCGGCCUAGCCCACAGCAGCAUCUCCCACAGGACCGUGAGGUGAAGCCCGGCUGGUGGAUGGGGUAGGACCCGGCCUGGGCGUGGGGGUGGUGGCGGGGAAUGAGUCACAAUGACCAUGUCGUCGACAGGCGAACUGACGUCAGAGCAGCUGCACCAGCUGUACCUGUGCAGCCUCCUCCUGGGCAAGAAGAGGGAGCAGCCCAUAUUCUCGUGCAAGGCGCACGUGUUCCACAUCGACCCGAAGACUAAGAGGUCGUGGAUCCCGGCGUCGUCUUCUGCAGUGUCUGUCUCCUUCUUUUAUGACUCCACCCGGCAGCUCUACCGCAUCAUUUCCGUUGAGGGCACAAAGGCAGUCAUCAACAGCACGAUAACCCCCAAUAUGAUGUUCACAAAGACGUCACAAAAGUUUGGCCAGUGGUCAGACAUGCGAGCCAACACAGUUUAUGGCCUCGGGUUUUCUACUGAAGCAGAACUCAAUAAGUUCAUAGAGAAGUUCCAGGAGGUAAAAGAUGCUACUCGAUCAGGCAAAACCAAUGGCACAAUAGGUGGUGGUGGUGGUGGAGGUGGUGUUAGUGUUGGAGCAGGGGCUGGCAGUGGUGUAGGAGCAGUGUCUUCAUCCUCAGGACCCGCCUCUGCCACUGCUUCUCCCCUUACCUCACGAGCCAAGAUCCAACAAGACCCAACGGGUGAAGUCAACACUGUAACUUCAGGUCUGGAUCACCUAGCUCUGGCCAACUCUAAUGACAUUAAUGCCACGCUGCUCAAAUCAUCCCUAGUUGCUCAUCAACGCUCACAAAGCCUCUCAGGACUCCAGCCAGCAGGAGAAAGCCCAAAGCACAAGCAAGGAGGGGGAGGAGGAGGAGGCGGAGGAGGUGGGGGUGACAAAGUAGGAACCACGGGAGCCAGCAGUAAUGUAGAUACUCAGAUGCAGCUCAAAUAUGAGAAUGACCGUCUUAAACUUGCCCUAGCUCAAAGCUCUGCCAAUGCUAAAAAGUGGGAGAUUGAGUUAAAUUCAUUAAAAACAACAAAUGCCCGCCUAACGUCAGCACUACAAGAAUCUACAGCAAAUGUUGAGGAAUGGAAGAAGCAAUUACAGACGUACAAAGAAGAAAAUAAUCGCAUGAAGACUCGUAUUCAUGAGCUAGAUGCUGGAGGACGAAUAGGUAUGGGCGAAUCUGAAGAACUUGUCAAGGAGGUGGCAUCUCUUCGAGCGAGGUUGGAAGGCAUGGAGGAUGAGAUUAGGUCUAGGGAGGCUACAAUAGAUGAACUAGAAAACCAGCUUCAGCGUGCUCGUGCUGAUGAUCAACGGGAGAAGGUACAGCGCCUAUCUGAAGAAAAUGAGCAGUUGCGUAUGGAGACUGCACGUGCUCAAUCUCAACUAGAAGUAGCUAUGUCAACACAGGACUCUCAGCGAGGUGUAGUUGAGAGUGUUAACAUGCAGUUAGGAGAUCGAAUCAAAGAUCUCCUGGCUCUUCAUCACGAAUUGAAUCAUCUACUUACUACCUGAGGGGGGUCGGGUCGGGGGCCGCCACCCCACCCGCAGCAACGCUCCAAUGCUGGCCAGAGAAAGACCAUUCGCCUUCAGGCUGUCUGGCACGUCUAGUGAGCGCGGGAAUCAUGGCCGCUUCUGACCUGGAAACACGCUACUCUUUACUGUCCCCUUCUGUAAUCCCAGUUUAUCCUUUUUGUAAAUGAUCCGUCAUACCCUGUCAUCCCUCACACCGCUAGCCCAGCUGCUUUUUUUUUUCCUUGCUAUAUUUUCUUGUCUUGAGAGGAGACAGGUUAUUGUCAGCCUCCUCUUGGAACUGUAAACUUCUUGUUUCACAGAUGGAACCAAAGCACUGCAAAUAUAUUGAAUGAUUUGAUUAUCUUUAGUAGUAUUGCAGUUCAUUUUCUUUGCCUUUCUACUCCUAAUAGCUCAAUCAUUUAUUUUGUGUUUUGUAGGAUUCACAGCUACAUAAUUUAGGAAAACUAGUACAGUAAACAUGAAAUCAGCUCAGAACUUAAUUUCUUUAAACCUGCCUUUUCUUUUUCUUUGCCUAGUCAUACUUUGUUGAAUGCUGUUGCAUGUUGCCAAUUCUUUUUCUGGUUAUUAUACUUUCCUUUGUAAUUGUUUCUCAACAUUUGGCAAAAGGACCCACACUAGCCAUAACUAAAACUAGAUACUCCAUAUCUAAAAUCAUCCCUGAAUCCUCAUUUUUGUCACAAUCUUAAUUUUGAACAUAAUAUGGAACAUUUUAGUGUUCACCAUCACCAGAUUUUUUACCAUAACAGUAAAUAAUUUGAUAAAGGCAGCUCCAUUCUCUGCAUAAGAUUUAAUAUCUGUAACAUAAUUUUUCGCACCACCAGGUCAUAAUCUGCUGUCGCCCGUUGUCAGUGGUUUGUUUCUUUCAGUUGUUGUAUUGCCGCCAUACAGUGUCAUGCUGUAUCGUUAUUGAUUCUAGGUUGUGCUACCUACAGUACUUCCCUAUUGGCAUCAAUUCAUAUAUUUCCUUCCAGACUUAAGUUACUCUCAGUGAUUUCUCAUUGAAUGAAGUAGGUUUAGGUUAGAUUUGGACCGGUGCUUCUAGUAUACAACAGCAUCACUUGGAACAAUUUUGCUGUACACGAGUCAGAAUAUCUUUUGUCACCAAGUAGUUAUGUUAGACGGAAGUAAUUAAUAUACUCAUUAUAGGUAGAAGGAAUUGAAACUAAUCACUCUUCUUAUAAAAAUGAGGUAAUAUUUUUAAAAGUAAUUUUUGUAACCACAUUUUUGUGAAUUAGUAUUUAACAUAAAUGUGAUUUAUUUUUUCAAUUUAAUAUUUUUUUUUAUUUCAAGACAAGUGUGUAUGUACUGUCAUUAACAGUUAUGUGUGUGUGUGUGUGUGUGUGUGUGUGUGUGUGUGUGUGUGUGUGUGUGUGUGUGUGUGUGUGUGUGUGUGUGCGCGCAUGUGUGCACAUUCUCUUUAUACUCCAUAUUUUUUCUAAUAAUGGAGUAUGGUGCUUAUUAUAUAACUUUUACUGAGGCCUCGAUUUGUGCCAAAAAUUCCUUGGGCAGCUUGACAUAAUAGGACACUUGACACUAGAUUUAUAUCAUUCAGUUUUUCUUCUGGCAGGAGUUAAUUGAUUUUGGAUUUAUUUUACAAAUAAAAAUUUUUGUUAACCCCUGAAUCUAGGCAGUAGUAUUGUUCAUGGCACAAGAGGUAACUCAUAUCCCAGUUUUACUUGGUAUCUCCUUAGUAGUCAAGUUUUCAACAUAGAUAUGUUAGAGCUGUGACAUUUUCCUUAAUGUUAAGCAUUAAGAAGUAGCUUUGUUUUAUAGUAGAAAUUAAAAUAGAAUUGAUUUUAUAAAUGAAUCUUUUUUUUUAUGAUGUCACGAAGGUUCUUUUUCUCUACAUAACAAACACGACAGGUAGUGUAUCUCUUACUCUACAUUUUAAUUUUUGCAUUAUAUCUUAUUUAUAAUAAUUUUAUUUUAUUUAUUUGUCUACUGUGUUUGUAUUUAUUAUUUAUUGAAGACAUCAGCUUAUGAGAAUUACUAGAUUUGGUCCAUGAUGAAAAAUGUUACUUGGAACACUCAAAGAGUUUUUAGUACAUGCUAAAAGUGUUUAAAGUUGGGUCCCAUAUACAGUACAGUACUGUAUUUGUGUUCCAUGAAAGCUUCAGGUCCUAAACAAAAAUUUUGAUGUUGCUGAAUCCUAAAAUUUUUCUUCAUUGAAAAAAGUGCGAAGUAGCUUUGUUGCAUUUAAAGGGGGUUUAUUAAUUUUAAAAUACUGUUCUUUUAUUAUUUUUACAUACAUUAUAUGUGACGUUUGUGUGUUUAUGUCCCUGGGAUGCAUAUGGCUCCAGAUUUUGCAUCCAUUUCAUAAAUCACAUGACAUGCAUAAGAUACAAUGCGGCAAGGGGGGGGCUGCCACCCCUAAUUUGAAAUUUAGGAGAGUUUGUAAAAAAAAAAAAAUAUUUGGCAAUAAGAGAGGGAGCGAGAGUUGCAAACAUGCAUUUCCUUUUCUUUGACACUUUUGACAAGAUAAAACAGCAGUGCAGGGCUAGUCUUUGAAAAAACUUUCAAAGUACAGUUCAGUAGUAAAAUUUCUAUGAUAUAUAUGUUUUGCCUCUGCAAAUCAUAAUAAUUAUUACAAAUACAAUAUAGGUUUCUAAAUUUUGAAUUUUAAAUUAUAUAACUUGCUCUGUCCAGUUGAAAGUUUUCCCCCACCCCCAGAAAAAAGAUAAUGGUAAACCAUGCUAAAGGGGCUAUCACACUGGGCAAAAUUUUUGCAUUCUCCGCGAGAAUACAGCAAUAUUACUGUACCUGAUUAGAACUUAUGCCUGAAGAUUGAAAUCUGAGGAAAAAGGAAAGUACACAAGUUCUCAGACAAGUUUUGACUGCCGUUCAGGUCUAAUUGAGGUUUUAUAAUACUGUGCAGGUAUUUAUAAUUGAAAGACAUUGAUUUUAUUUGGACAAGGGACUCUGAAACUUCCCUUAUUAGGGAGUGCAGAAUGUUGUGGGAUUUUAAACAUUUAUUUUAUCUCCAGCUUUUGGACAACCUUUCAUCUUUGUUAUUCUUUUGUUCUGAGCAAUAGCGAUACACCAGCCAUGCUACAACUGAGUGUGUGAAUGGAAAAGUUGUUUAUCAGGCAGAGAAUGGAGAAAUGAGAGCUAAGAAUUAAAACAAAAAAUCCAGUGAUAACCCCUUAAGAUUUUCUGUAAAUACAAACACAGGUAAUGGGAAGAAAGUUUUACAUAGGGAAUAAAAAAUAUUAUUGUUCAGUUCUUUUUUGUUAUCUUGGACCAACUGGCCACUUGGCAGCCAGAAUUAUACUCUGGUCAUUUUUUAUAUUUUUUUAUAUUGUGAAGAGUGUUGUGGAUCAUUACUGUGUUUUGUUUAUAUUGCAGUGGCUUCUAAAAUCAGUAUGCAUUUUUUUUUCUUCAAACUCCCUCGAUCUCUAAUAUCAUUCGGAAUAUAUUUUUGGUAAAGUUGAAAGUCAUAAUAACUUCAAGCUAUUCACACUGCCAAUUUAGAUUUAAGAUUAAUGAGGAGAAGGAUGAGGAAUCCCAUUGCACAUUGUUGUUAAAAAAUAUUUUUAGGUGGUCAGGUAAGUACAGUAAAGAUGUUGUUCCCUGUUUCUUUACAAUCAGUUAUUUUUGUUCAACCCAGAAUGGGACGCACAAGUAACAGAGAAUUUUUAUGAGAAUCAAUUAACUGCAAGCACCAUUUUAGUUAUUUACAGUGCAUAUUACAGUCAUUACCACAUAAACUUGUAUCUCCUUAUAUGAAAAUAUGAAAAUUUUAUUUGUGCUUACUUUGUUUAACAAUUCAUACACUGAAGAACAUGUUUGAAGUUUGUGAAGAAUAUUGAUAUUGACGUGUUCCAUUUAUUGAAGAUUUCAUAUUUUUUCGGAAUCUGUGAUAACCCUUUCCUUGGUGGGAGGGUGGGUGGGCCCCCUCAGUGAGAAAAAUACUAUCUUCAUGGUUGACUUGCCAUGAGCCCUUUUUCAAUCAUACUGUAUAUGAGUUUAGACUCAAAAAUUUUUCUUGUGAUAAUUUUAUAAUGUAAUCAGUUGCUGGUAGGCAAAAUUGAAAUUUUAAAUAAAGAAAAUUAAUGAAUAUUCAGAUAAUUUGAACUGGAGAUGUCAUAAAGAAAAAUAAUUUAAUACCUUUAGUAAAUAUAAAGUGGUGCUUAUGUGCAGUCAUCAACUAUUUUUUAAAUGGUAUGGCAUGGUUCAGAACAGUGGGACCAUACCUUAUGUUAUGUGAGAUUUUUCCAGUAAAGUUAAAUCUGACACAUAUUCAGCAUUUAUAUUAAUUUAAGCUAAAGCCUUCACAUCCUGUGCUGUCAGUUUCAAGCUUUUUUAUUUUCUAACAGAGUGAAGAUUUUAUAGGGACCAUAUUAAAAUUAUUAUUAUUUCUUCCUUUUUUUCUUUUUUUAUACAAAAGGGAGCAGAGACCUGGUAUUGAUGGUGAACAUUAAAAAUACAAUUAGAAAGGAAGAACAAAAAAAUCUAGUAAGAACAAAGGUGCUUUGCUGAAUUACACAUAUUAUUUAGAGAAUCUGGUGAUGGCUUUUCUACUGCACUGAAAACUUUUUAUAAGAUUUCACUGUCAUUUCUUGUUUUUUCUUAUGCUGGAGUCAACAUACUGGUUCCUAUGUUCACGCUUUCCAUUUUAGACAGAUGGGAAUCAUUUUGAAGGGUAACAAAAGCAAUAAAACGUUUUAGCAAUGUGGUUAUUCAGUGUGUGUUGUAAAAGAGCAUUGAAGGAUACUGUACGUCUGCUUUAACCUCAUUUAUUUAUUAAUAGUAUAUAUAUAUAUACUAUAUAAAUAUAUAUAAUUUUUUGCAUUAUUUAUUAUGAAUAUAUAUUUAUUCAGAAAUAUUAAAUUUUAUGGCAGUGCAUCAUUACAGAGUAUUUAUAGUUUUCCAUGCCUGAAUCUUAAGUUGUAGAUCCCACCCUUUCUUUGUAGAUGUUAGGCAAUACUUUAUUAAGGGUAAGGAAAGUGUAUUUCCUUUUUUAUUGUACCACCUACAGUAUUAAAUUUUUAACUCAUUAUUGAAUAUAAUGAGAUAUAAUACAUUUUGAUAAUACACUCAUUUGUAGCGCCCCACUAGUGGUGAGACUGGUCUUCCUAAAAAAAGAUGUGACUGUUGUGUCACCCAUAUUCUUUUAUUAAUGAAAGAAUUGAUGAAAAAGUUGCAUGUAGAACUGAUGGGUUGCAUGACAGUUGUCACAAGAAAUAAAUUAGUAGUUAAGGUUUAAUAGCAAUUAUACUGUAUAUGUUAAUUUGUUUUCCAACUUGUUGCUAACAACAAAGGUGCACAAUAAGAGCGAUAAUAUUUAAAGAAAACCAUAAGACUUAUAUCAACUGUUUGUUUCAUAUUGUGUGUGGGUGUGGAUAUGACUUAUGAUUAUAAUUACUCUUGAAAAUAAACAGUUAAAAUACUCUUUAUAUCAUCACUGGACUGUAAUGAUAGCACAGAUAUUGUGAGACCACAGUACAUCACUAGUUAUACCAGUGUUUUUUUUUUUUUUUUUUUUUUAAGAAAAAAAAAGCAGGGUAUUGUUACUACCAAAAUUUUUUAAAUCAUAUUUCAGUUCUCUUAAUUUUUUACAGAACAUAGGAUCAGUUUACAAUUAUUCUUAUUCCAAUUCACAUCCAGAGGUUAACAUUGUCCCUUUUUGUUUAAUCCAGUUUGGCACAGUGUUAUAUCUCUGAAUGGUGAAAUGAACUUCAUUAGUUGAAAAAUAUUCUGAAAAUCUAGGAUGCUAAAUUCUGCUUCAUUUCUCCUUGGUGUUGGCACCAUACACAUUCUUUUAUAACACUUUCUCUAUACUAAUUCAUCUCAUCACCAUUCUUCUAGUUAACCGAAUCUUAAGUGUAAAGUUGCUACCUAAAGAAAUAAUCUUAAUGUAGCCUUUUUAUUUUUUCUUCGUGGGAAUUUUUUGGGGGCUUAUGCUUCAUGAAAAGAAAAAAAAUUGGGGGGAACUAAAACUAGAUUUUUAGACUAGAUUUACAAAUGUAAUUACCUGUACUUGGAAAAGUUUGAAGGUUAAAUAAAUAUAAAAAUCACGAAAGCAUAAUUAAUUCUGGAUUUGAGAAAUUCAUAAUAUAUACAGAUACAUUUUGAGUUCCAGCUAGUAACAGAGUGAGAUGACGAUGUAUUAGGGAAAGGAUGCUUGCAUAUGUAGUACACUUCAGGUGUACUACCAUAAUGUGUUCUAUGAUGUUAGCAUUAUAUAACCCUUUCUCAGAUGUUCAUAUGAAGUAAAUUUCUGUGCAUUAAGAAAAAUGGAUGUAUUUUAUGAAAGGCUCCUUUGUUAUUGGUCUUGCCACAUGUUGGCUGCUUACUUAGUAUGCUCACUUAAGUACAGUAUAGGAACUUUCUUGGUCUAAUCUAUAUACUAGAUAGCCUAAAGCAGUAAAAUACCUCUUCAUAAUUACUUCUUACAUUUGACUAUUAAAAGUCAUAGUUAUUUCCAUUACUUUAACUAUGCGUACAAUGUCUUCCUCUCAAUCCUGUUAUUUUGUUUCUAAAAUACUUAAUAAGUUUUCUUAAUAUUUUAUUUUCAUUGAAUCCAUCAUUGCAUGAAAAGUCUUAUUUCAUUUGUCCAUGAUCAAUGAAAAAAUUUAUUUGUGUUUGCUGCCCAGAUUCCUAUGAGCUCCCUGCCCCAUCACACACAGCUCUGCUCAUCCCCCUCACUACCCCUCAACUACCCUGUCUCUCGUUAGCGUGUCUCGGAAGAAGCUGCUAAAGGCCCAAAGAACUUUUUUGUUUGUUUGUAAUGUUAAGUCUUUUUAUUUAUAUAUAUAAAAUUUUUUGGAGCAGUCAUCUUUUAUUUUUAUUAAGAGUGUACAUGAAUAUUGAGUUUGUACUUAAGUUUAAUGGACCCGAGUAGAUUUAUGAAGACUUGUAUGUUUUAGGUUAUCAAUACUGAUAUUACUAACAUGAGGUUUGUUUUUGUGAGUACAAAUGUUUUUUGUUUUUUUUUUAUGAUGUCUGAUAUUGUAAAUAUUAUUUUCUCUUUAAAAUUGUGAUGUUAAGUAGGUUUCUUGGUACCCAGAUACUGGUCAGAAUCUGUCAUAUUAAAUGUAAGCUUCAUGUGUAAUUCCAUUAUCCAUGUCAUAUCAGACGACUUAAGCAAGUAAUAUCUUUGUAGAUGAGUUUAAUAUUUUCCCGUUUGGAAAGCAAAAGAGUUUUCAAUAUCUGUAAAAGCUUUUACAUUCUCAAUUAAUGAUCAUUAGUUGUAUUUCUCAGUUGACAAUAAACUUGAUAUAUUUA